GCCAAUAAUCUUUUUGUCUUCUAUCUUCGACACCUGUUUCUGAAAUCUUCUUCUUGUCUUCUCCUUGGAAUUCUAUCUGUGAGCCCGAGUUUCAGAUCCACCAGGUAUUUGAAUUCUCUUCUUCAUCCUUCAUUCUCUUACUCACCUUAUACAUCUAAAUUUUCUUCUGGAUUUUUAUCAUUAAUUUUGCUUAAUCUGAGUUCAUGACUUACUAAUAAUAAUGCAUGACUGUUUCUAUCUUUAGACUUUGUUUGGUCUAUGAAAUCAUUGUUAUGUAGAUUAUGCUGAGAGUAUUAUAAUUACAUGAUAAAUCUUGUUUUUUAGAUCUUCUUCUUCUCCAAAGUGCUUUAGGUUCUUUUUUGUUUAUUGGUUUGUCCAUAAGUUUUCUGAUACUAGGAUGAGAUAACCUUUUGUGGUGUUUUCUGACCCUGCUUUCAAUAGUCAAUCUUCCAAGUCAAACUUCUGAAAACAAAUAUUUUCUCAGAUUUUAGGAUCUUGUGAACUUGUGUUUGGAUCUUCAAUCAUUCUAAUGACAACUGUAUCACAGAGGAAAAAAUCUUGACUUUGGACCUUGUAAAUUUUGAUUAUAUCAUUUGAUUACCAUUCCCCAAUUCUGUUCUAUCAUGAAUUAUAUUUGAGUAAAGAUGUCUCAAGCAGAGUACUUAGCUACUUAGCUUCCAAUCUUGUGCUACUACUUCAAAUGCCUUUGAUUGUUCUUUGCUUCGGUCAGCCUUAUGCUCCUUUCAGUUUUUUUUUUUUUUGAUUGUACAAUGUUCUUUGCUCUUCAUGCUUCUUGUUAACUCUCAAGUUGCAUCCUUUCUGGAUUUAUUUUCAGGUCAUGUGGACAGUUCUCAACAGUAGCAUACUUCAACAAAGAUCAUUGCUUUUCAGCGGAACCUGAUAAUCUCCAACAAACAUUCUUCGGUUUACAGUAUUAACACCAGCAGGAUAGUGCUGUUUUCCCAUUCUUGAAGAUGGACAGGGCAGAUACGUCGGGCUUUGUAAGUGGCGGAAGUUGUUCAUCUCUCAACUUGCUCCAAUAUAUGCUUAUAGCUACAAGUAUGAUGUGCUAAGUGGUACUAUUUCGGAGCUCUCUUUCAUCUAUAUCCUUUUCAUCUUCAUGUGAAUUUGGACAAAGGUGUAGUUCCAUUCUCUAGUGCCAUUAAUAUGGGUGACACCGCUCUUAGCCUGAAGUGUCUUGGGGGCUCUGAAAACCAAUUUUGUUCCGAUGUAUCUAGUUUCACUGAUGAUGGCUGCCGGUUAGUCCUCGGAUUGGGUCCAACGUCGACUUCAUACUGUUUUAGUGUCGGCGUUAAUAACAGCAACAAAGAUUCUGCUUCUGGAUUUACUCAAGCUGAUUCAGUUCUGCAACUUGGUCGUCCUGCUGUAAGCAUAGACACUUUCAGUGGACUUGAUAAUGGUGGUGUGAUCCCUGUUGUUGAUGAAGGUUCUUCUUCAGCUAAGAGAUCAGGUGGAUACAUGCCAUCGCUUUUGUUAGAUCCAAAUGUUAAAAACCCUUCACAGAUUCAACAACUUAAAGAUUUUGGAACCGGUAUCCAUUCACAAGUGAGCCAAGAACCAUCACCUUACACAGAGUUCUAUGUACAGCAGAGGACAAGCAAUCCGAGGAAGUGUAAAUUUAUGGGAUGUGUGAAGGGAGCUCGAGGAGCGUCAGGACUCUGCAUCAGCCAUGGAGGAGGACAGAGAUGCCAAAAACCAGGCUGCAACAAAGGUGCAGAGAGUAAAACCACUUUUUGUAAAACCCAUGGUGGAGGGAAGAGGUGUGAACACUUGGGAUGCACGAAGAGCGCCGAAGGUAAAACAGAUUUCUGUAUAUCUCAUGGUGGUGGAAGACGUUGCGAGUUCCUUGAAGGAUGUGACAAAGCAGCCCGUGGCAGGUCGGGCCUCUGCAUCAAACACGGUGGUGGCAAAAGAUGUAAUAUCGAAGACUGUACACGAAGUGCUGAAGGACAAGCUGGUCUUUGUAUAUCCCAUGGUGGUGGGAAACGUUGUCAGUAUUUUUCAGGUUGUGAGAAAGGAGCUCAAGGAAGUACUAACUACUGCAAAGCCCAUGGAGGUGGAAAACGCUGCAUAUUUUCAGGAUGUAGCAAAGGAGCAGAAGGUAGUACUCCUCUGUGUAAAGCACACGGUGGUGGAAAACGCUGUCUCGCUGAUGGGGGUGGGAUUUGCUCUAAAAGCGUACAUGGUGGGACUAACUUCUGUGUUGCUCAUGGUGGGGGGAAAAGAUGUGUUGUGGUGGGGUGUACAAAGAGUGCGCGUGGUCGCACUGACAGUUGUGUUAAACAUGGUGGUGGGAAACGUUGCAAGAUUAUUGAUUGUGAGAAGAGUGCUCAAGGUAGUACUGAUUUCUGUAAAGCUCACGGUGGUGGGAAACGAUGUUCUUGGGGAGAUGGGAAAUGUGAGAAAUUUGCUAGAGGAAAGAGCGGUUUAUGCGCUGCGCAUAACACUAUUAUGUCUCGGGAGAACAAAGAUGGAAGCAAGAGCGGUUUGAUUGGACCGGGACUCUUUAGUGGCCUUGUUUUUGGCUCUACUUCUGAUCAUUCUCAGUCUGGAGCUAGCGCUGUCUCUGAUUGUACUGAUUCUGUUGAACGAAUACAGUUUGAGAAUAGGCAGAAGAACAAGAAGAUGAUGAUACCGAUGCAGGUUCUAGUACCUUCAUCAAUGAAAUCUCCAAGUAAUUCACAUGAAGGAGAAACAAACAUCUAUGACUUCAUGGUUCCGGAGGAGAGAGUUCACGGCGGUGGGCUAGUAAUGUCUUUACUUGGUGGCUCCAUUGAUCGAAACUGAAAGCCAUUUAUGGUAAAAGUGUCACAUUCUCAGCAAAAACCUGUGUAAAGCUGUAAAAUGUGUGGGAAUCUCCGAAUCUGUUUGUAGCCGGUUACGUUAUGCUGGAUCAAAAACUCAAGAUUUGUUGGAUAUUGUUAUGCUGGAUCGGUGGUGAAACCACUUCCCGGUUGCUAAAUAAAUAAACGUUUUUGUUUUAU